ACAGAGCGAAGUUAUUACCUUACUCUUAAUUUGUUUCAGUAGACAAUGGCCACACCGGACAUAGAUUCUCAGCGACCAUACAACAAUGGCCACCGUGCUUUUCUUCAAGCUUUUAUGUCGCGGGGUACUAUGACCUUUGCGGAAGCGAAACCCAUCUUGGCGCACAUAUUCUCCAUUCAAGAAGCGAGGAGGGUUCUCGAAAACGACAUAACCAUAGACGAUUUUUCAAACAUGAUCAACACCAUAAAUUCGACCAUUCACCCAUUCGAUAUGGAGAUCGGGUUCUCCUAUCCGCAAAAAGCCCAGUCCCGCACGUACAACGACGCCGUUUACGCUCUUGUCAAUCUCACUUCGGAUCCGCAGACACAGCUUGCGACGACGCACUCCCCAGACGAGAUCGCCUACGUUCGCCGCGUGCUGGACGGCAUGUUCGAGACGAACAACACGAAGAACCGAGAGGUUAUGGCCAUACGCGGCAUAGAUGCUAUUAAUUUGUCGAAGCCACGCCCAGGACAGGACUUGUCCGCAAGCACGAAUGGGAACGCAGAGAGCCAAAAUGCUUCGAACAAGGGCUUGACAAAGGAUCAGGCUGAGAAGACGUUGGCCAGCCUUGUGGAAGAGGGGUGGUUCGAAAAGAGCAGGUCUGGAUUUUAUUCACUCAGCCCGAGGGGCCUGAUAGAGUUGAAGGGCUGGUUGGUAGAGACGUACAACGAGGAGGACGAAGGAGAAGAUGAAGAGGAGGGUCCGACGUGGCAACGGAUCAAGACGUGUUACGCAUGCAGGGAAAUCGUCACCGUGGGCGAGCGCUGCGCGGAACGAGAGUGUCUGUGCCGCUUUCAUGAUUUCUGCGCGCGCAGCUUCUUCAACAAUCAGAGGGAGAAACGGUGCCCUACGUGCAAGACGGAAUGGACGGGCAACCACUACGUAGGCGAGAAGGCGGCUGUGGGCGCAAGACCGAGCAAUUCAACGAGUCGCCCGACCACGUCAAGACAGCCGGGUCCUUCUGAGCAGGAGAGCGAGACAGAAUGAGCACGUUUGUGAUGAUUUAAUGAUAAAAAAAAACAAAAGCGCGAUGAGUCUCGUCAAGUGCGGGAACAUGCAUGUACAUGUACGCUGAAGGAUUUGGGGACUAGCUUGCACCCGUGGUGU